CAAUUACACUUCCGGGAAUAACAAAGUGCGAUCAUGUGAAAACAAAACAGUAGUAGAGAUUCAAGUUAGGCUGUAGAUCUAGAUUUAAUUCAUCUAGACUGUAGGCAUAUCAAGACAUUUAUUUUUUUAAAAAUGCUUUUAUAGCUUGUAAGAAAUUAGGGAUCUGAAAAAUAACUAUGCAACCUAGAUCUAAUAGGUAUUAUUUAUUUCAUUUCCACAACAAUGGGUAAUUGCUUUCGUAGAUGUUUUGGAAUAGUAGACAAGAGGAGACGUUAUAUGCAGUCUAUGUACACUGCAGAACAUGAGUUUUCAAUAGAGAAUUAUUAUAUGGAUGAUGGUUUUGAAAAUUUAAUGACUGAGGAUCCCCCCAGGGAUGAAAUGACAGGAUUGUUGACUGACCAUGAGAGACAUCUGUUGAGAAAUAAGCAGUUUUCUGUUUUAGCUCAUGAACAGCGUCGAGUAGAUGCAGAGUUAGAAGAGAAGUUAGCCCAAGAUGAAAAAGAAAUAGAAAGAGAAGAAGAAGCCUAUUAUGAAGCCAAGCGAGAAGCAGCACGCAUUGCUCAGCUGAACAAAGACAAAGAGAAUGCUGCUAAAAACAGCAGCAAGGCCUGGGUGAACAAUGAUGACUGGGAAAUAGCUGGUGGUGAGGAUGAUUUUGAGGUGUUUCUGGCAAAUGUAAAGGCCAGAUCUUUAGCAACGAGAUCAUUAGUAAAAAAUGGCUCAGGUGAUGCUCACAGUUCCAGUAGCAGUCUUGCUCAAACCAAAGAGAAAAGCCUGACUGAGGGGAGCUCAUUGGAUAUGGAAUGGGACCAUGAAGCAGGCAUGUCUCCUCAACGUAAAGUCAACACACGUACCUCUGAUGACAGCUGGUCUAAACCUUCCACUGUAAGCCCUAUGCACUCCAGUGACCUGGAAUGGGAUCCUGACUUUGUCAGUGCUGGAGAUGAUGAAAGUCAAGAACUUUUAAAAGUUUCUGCCAAGUCCUAUACCUCAGCUAGAUGAUAACAAGAGAUGUAGAUAAAAUAUUCCUUAGCAAAAGUUAACAAGUUGUUUGACAUACGAGACCAAGUCUUUUCAUUUGACUUUAUCAAGAUUUUUUUUUCCCAUAAGUUUUUCACUGUGAUUUCAAGUAAAACCUAGAUAUUAUGGCGGUUUUAACUGAAUUGUAUUUAAUUAAGUCUUGAGUUUUUUUUUUUUGUUUUUUUUUUUGUUUUUUAUAUAGUUUGAAGCAAGAAAUAUUAUAAUAGUUUCUUAUCUUAAAUUUUACAAUGAAGAGAAAUUUGUGUUGAAAUAUUAUAUUACAAUGUGUUAUUGAAGUGUAAAGUAUCUAUUUAGGGCCUGCCUUAGUUAAUUGAGGCCCUAUGUGAAGUGAAUUUGGUGGCCCCAAAUGAAAUAGAAAAAUGAAAAAUAAACAGCGAAAAAAUAACAUUACGCAAUUUAUAUAAAACCUAAUUUAGUUCAUUAACACUGGCCAAAAGUGUCACUAUUUCUUCUCUAAAAAAAACAUUUUUUUGAUUCCUGUGCAAGGCCCCACCAAUCAGAGGCCCUAGGCCGCUGCCUAGUUUGCCUACUGCCGGUCCUGAUCCAUUGAUAUUGCUGUUUUCUUUUUUUUUUAUCAAAUAAAAUAAUUAUAAUUUUUUAUAAUUAAAAAAAUAACAUUUUCUCAUAAUUUUUUAUUUAUUUGACUAUAGUUUUAUAAGUUACUUAUUUUCUGAAUGCUUUAAAAUGUUAAUUAUCACCAUAACAAGAGAUACAUUGCUAAAAUAAAGAGAGAUUAAACAUCUGUAAUUUUCUUUUUUCAUAUGUCAUUAUCAAGCUCAUAUAUUUUUUCUUUUUUAAUAGAAUGGAAUUGUUACAAGAUGACACUCCAACAGAAUCUAUUAUCUAUGCAUAAUAUGUUAGCAACUGUUGGCUAAGAUUGUUAUUUCUUCCACAUUGCAUCAAUUGCUGUUAUAGCAUUUUUUAUUAUGUAACUUUUAAUAAUAAUAAUCCAUUUUGAAGUAUUUUCAACAUUAUGUAUUGUUUAUCAAUGGAAAUAAUAGUUUGAAUUAUUUAAAAAAAAAAAACUUUUUAAAUAUUUUUUUUACUUGAUUUUUACUUGAUUGGUACCCUUGUAUCUGGCUUAUUUAUUUAUUAAAAUCACUAAUUUGUUAUAUGCUGCCUUUUAUUAUUUUUAUUUUUUUUUAAUGAAAGAAUUUCCGUUACAAUUAGAAAUACUUAGGAAAUUAUUUCAACUAUUUAUGUAAUUUUAGUUAUGUCAAUCAUUUGAAUGGUUUGAUUGUUAGUUGUGUACAUUCCAAUAUACUUGCAUUUACUACUCACAAUUCAAUACAAAUAUUGUUGCUUAUUGGGUAAAUUGUGUGAAUUCUUUUCCAUUGAUCAGCAUGACAUUAGUUUUCAAAAUAAUGGGCGCGAGUUUUUUUGUAUCAUUGAAGUUAAAAGUAAUCACUACGGUUGCAUGUUUAUUCUUGAUUUAAAUGUUACAAAUUAUUUAUGCUUGUAAUUUGUUUUAUCAUGAUCAGUUUAGGAUAAAUGAAUAUUUUGUUUUGUUGCUUUAUUUACUCUUCUGUAUAUUUUUUUUUUGAUGAUUGUUUAAGCAUGCAUGAACAAAAAAGUUCUGUUUGGUGAUUGGUUGAAUUGGGUGGGACAGCAAUGCUAUGUGACAGUCUAUGGAUGUAAAACUAAUUCAAUACUAUUUAGUGUGCUGAUUUACAAUACCUCCUUUACAUGAGCUGUGUUGAGGAUGAAAUAAAGAAAUCUAAAACAACCCAGGCCUAAAUGUUUCUUAAUGUUGAAUGAACAAAUUUCACUUGGAACUGUAAUUUAAAAAAAAUGUAUCUAAAUAUCUCCAUUCACCUUUCAUACCAGGUUGUGUUUUAUAGAGCAGUUUUUAAUAUUUCCAUUUACUAUCUAUAAUUUUAAAAUAAUUUUUGCAUUGUUUUGUAAGAUUUUAUACUAAAUGUCAUUUUCAAAGCUAAAUUAUUUUUUUUUUACAAUUUCAAGUUACUAUAACUGUAGCAAUAGGUUUAUAAAACAAAAGACUCUUUUUUUUAAUGUAUAAUUAUUCUAUUGCUUGGAUUACUUGUUAUGAUCUUACAAUCUAUUUAUGUUGGGUAUUAAAACUAGCGUGGUACAUACCUGUACAGCGUGUAGUUCACUGGGGUUUAAUCUUGGUAUUUAAAUUUCUUUCUUCACCUCUUUUAUUUCCCCCUCUUCUGUUAAAAGAAAUCUUCUUGUGAUGAGUGGCUCUCAGAAGUUGUGCUCUUAUGUAAGACAUAAUGUCAUUCUCCAGUGGUAUUUUAAUAACUUUAGCAGAGGCAACUGAAGGAGGGUUAACGGUAUAAGAUCAUGUGUGUUAGUGACUUCAAGCUUUCAUGCACAGAGCCUAGUGCCUAGAUUUGCAUGUCCUUCCAGACCAACGACACACUUCCCAGUGUUGCCCCAGGUUCAUUAGCCAGGUAUCAGACAUGAUUUUUAUUCUCUAGUUCUUUCAGGCGAAGUAAACUCUGUCAUUCUCUACAGUCAUAUCCUUGUGAAUAGUGGGCCUGUGCACACCUUAAGCGCAGAGCAGAGUUACAGCAGUUUUGAAUUUAGUACUAAAUGUGAUGAUAAUGAGAGUGGUUUAUUUUUAAACUCUGGAACAUUAAAUUUUGUUUUUUUAUAAUGCACUUUAUUAUUUUUAAUUUAUCCAUUUGUUUUUAUCUUGUUUAGGGCUUUUUAUUUAAGAUUAAAUUAGUAAUAACUGUAAAGGUAGAUAGUAGCUUUGUGAUAUUUUAAUGAUAUAAAUAACAAUAUAAUGUCUUCUCAAAGAAUAUUACAGUUGCCCAGUAGAGACUGUGAACAUUCUAGAGCAAUUUACUAUAAACUUUUUUAUUAAACUGGAUAGUUGCAAUCCUCGGUAAAUAUAUAAUAGUAAUGGCUUUUUUUAAAAAAGCAAGAUUUUUUUUAAUCCAUAAAAUGGAAUAUAAUUGUACACGUUACACAUUGUAGACAUUUUGUGAGAUUCUGUUGAUAAAUGUUAAUAGGAAAAAAGAAAGUGAUCUUAUCAGUAAAUAAGUUUUAGAUCUGGGAAUUUAAGACUAUAUAAAUUUCAAGCACAAUCUAAAAUUUCAGGUUAAACAAGGCAGGGCUACCAAAAAAUGUAAUCUUCAUUUACACAACUAAUAUAUCUGAUGGUUUAAUACUGGGAAUUGCAUUGAAUAGUCACUUUAAUAAUUGUCAUUUCCUAUAUCUCACAGUUCACUCUUGCUAGAUAAUCAUACUGCCCUUCAAACAUCCUACCAUUAAAUAAAACAAAAACUUGUUUAGAUUGUAUUCACUGCCUUCUAUUUCUGCAAGUGGGCUGAGUGGUUAAGUGCUUGGCUUUUGAACCUGGGGUCCUGAGUUCAAAUCUCAGUGAAGAAUGGGAUUUUGAAUUUGGGAGGUCAAAAGGAAGAGGAAAUAAUAAACAAUAAAAGUUUGUCAAUAGAACCCAGUAAAAGAAAUUAUAAAAGAAUUUUUAGGGCACACUUGAGUCCACCCAACUCUAAUGGGUACCUGACUUAAGUUGGGGAAAGUAAAGGUGGUUGGUCGUUGUGCUGGCCACAUGACAAUGGCUCAUUAACCAUUGGCCAUAGAAACAGAUGACCUUAACAUCAUCUGCCCUUUAGAUCGUAAGGUCUGAAAGGAGAAACCUUAUUUUUACAAUUUCUGCAUAGAAAAUAAAUAGAUCCAUUUUACAAUGUUAACUAUUUAUACCAGCACUAAUUGAUACCAACGUGAUUCUAAAUACUCCCUAUGUUUGUUUGAUUUUGACAAGGAGAGAGUUUAUAAUUAUUUCACAUAAUUCCUGGCAUAGCUCUGUGGUCUUAUUUGUCAUGCUUCAGAAAAUGUAUGCAUAGUCAGUAGUAGGAGUCAUUUGAAUUUCUAACAAGCCAGUCAUAGGCCACAUCACUAGAGAAAAUCUUCAUGCCCAGUGGAACAGAGCCCUUACUUCAUUAUGCACUGUUGGCCAAAGCCUCGAGAAUGCCAGAUAGCACAGUAUCAUUGGCCACAUAUGGCCCAUGCACAUGACCGAUGUGAAUUGUUAUAUAACAACUUGAACUCAUUAAGAUGGAUUCAACUUGAAAAAUAAUGUGCCAUGAAAUCCCAUCUCUAACAAUAAAAUAUAUUAUUUUAUUAUUA